AAAGUAGGGAGGGAUCAUAAACCAUUUGAGAAAUUAUUGCCCCACCCUUCCUUCUCUAUAUAAAAGGCUCUUCAACGCAUUCCAUUUUUUCACACACGACCAGAGAAGAGAGACAAAAAAAAGUACAAAAAUGGCAAAGGUUGUUGCUCUUGCUUUCUGCAUCUUGGCCUUUGCCGCCGUUGCUCAUUGCCAUGCACCAGAAGUAUUCAACGUCGAAGGCGAUGUAUACUGCGAUCCAUGCCGCGUCAAGUUCCAGACCAAGCUUAGUCACAAAAUCGCAGGUGCAACUUUGAAGUUGGAAUGUACUGACCGGAUAACUAGGAAUGUGACUUAUUCGGUCGAGGGCGUAACAGAUAGCAAUGGACACUAUAAGCUCACGGUAAGUGGAAAUCACGAGGACAGCAUUUGCGAAGUGACUCUAACCAAGAGUCCCGAACCCGAUUGUAGUGUGGCAAUGGCCGGCCUAGAAACGGCUAGAAUUGUGUGCACUGAAAACAGUGGAAUGCACGAUGCUGUUCGUUACGCAAACCCACUUGGGUUCAUGACACCAGAGUCUGUCUCAGGCUGCAAAGAAGUUCUUGAUGAAUUGGGUCUGGCCCCACAGGAUUUGGAUUAUUGAAUUUAAGAUUAUUGAAAAGCUUUUGCCAUUAAUUGGGAGGAUAUUAUGAAUAAGUGAUGGCUUCUCCUGCGCUGUGUUUUACCCCACCAAACAGUGUAUAAUAUGAGAAGUUUGUUAUGUAAUGGCGGAGUUUCAAUAUUUUUCUUCUCUUCUUCCAAUAAUUAAUAUAUACAAGUUAUAACCCUAGGUCA